AUGUUAGUAGACGUCAUGCAUUUAUCAACAUUACCAUCACUAGAAUCAUCAGGAAACACGGUUAAGAAGUUANNNNAAUUAUUCUGGCUCAACUACGGAGCAUGGGAGGCUAUCAGAUAG